AUGCCGGAGUACUUGGUUAGGCUCGCACAGGUGCACGAGAGCUUUCGGAAGGCCGAGCUUUUCGCUUUGGGUGAGCUGGCAGGGGUGACGCUUGAGAUUGUUGAAUAUCACGAAAAUUCUCCAUUCUGCAUCGUCCGCCUUCCUUCGGAUGCAGCAGCAGCGAAGGUCAUAUCUCGCAGCAUCCUGUCCCUGGGAAUACAUGAGCUCUGGGGACGUGGACCAAGCUACGAGGCCCUGCACGAAUCCGUCAAAAUCAAUACUUCUCACCUGUGGGCAAAAUACAAGGAUGUAUCAUUCAAGUUUACAGUCGACUGUUUCCAGGGCACCAGAACAACGGCAGAACAACGCGAUAUCAUUGAGUCCUUCUCAUACCUCGCCUUUGAAGGACCCAUUCGGAUGAAGGAUCCUGAAGUCUCGUUCCAAGUCUUUGAGCACUACGAUGAGAAAGCACCCCAUCCGAAAUAUUUCUACCUGGGAAGGUUCAUAGCCGAAUCUGGGAGGCAUGCAAAGUCGACAUAUGACCUGAAAAAGAGACACUACAUUAGCACUACCUCGAUGGAUGCUGAACUGGCUCUAUUGACCGCGAACAUUGCUCUCGCUGCUCCCGGGAAAAUAUUCUUUGACCCUUUCAUGGGGACCGGCGGCUUCCCGCUCGCUGCUGCGCACUUUGGUGCCUAUGUAUGCGGGAGCGAUAUCGACGGCCGGAGUAUCAGAGGUACAGGUGGAAGCUCAAGGAAGGGUCAGGUGGGGAAGAGAGACGUUGCAGGCAACUUCAAGCAGUAUGGUCUGGAGGGACACUAUCUUGGAGCCUUCGUAUCUGACUUAACAAACACGCCCUUGCGACUACCUGCCCCAAGCAACAAUGGCAUCCGCCACGGUUACCUCGAUGGUAUCAUUUGUGACCCUCCAUACGGCGUACGAGAAGGCUUGAAGGUGCUUGGAGCACGUGAGGAACUGGGCGAUAUCGAGCGCUCAAAUCAUCAGGCCCGUCACAAGGACCCCACAUACAUUCCCCCAAAGCGACCGUACUCUUUCAUGGCUCUGCUGGACGAUAUACUUGCCUUUGCUGCCAUCACCCUUGUGGAAGGUGGCAGACUGAGUAUGUGGAUGCCCACAGCAAAUGACGAAGAUGUCGAGCUCAUCAUACCCACGAAUCCCUUCCUUGAAUUGGUCUCUGUUUGCGUUCAACCGUUCAACAGAUGGUCCCGGCGCUUGCUUACGUAUCGGAGAUUGCCCGAUUCAGAGGCGCCUGCGGAUGCAGUCACGCGGGUAAGAAAAGAAUAUGAGAAAGGGGUCAGGGCAGAUGAGUUGAACGCGUUCCGGAGGAAGUUCUUCGAAGGGUUCAAAGAGGCGGACAAGUUGAGGGCGGGGGACUACGCACCCGAAGAGACACCGAAGAAAAUUGGGUAG